AUACAAGGGAUGGAUAGACUAAAAGCAGCGAUCUAACUGACACAUGCAUACUCCUAGUUCUUAGAGGACAAGGUGCCUUGAUACUUGUAUUUAACAUGCAAAUCGAAUGACAUGCACGUGUCCUAACAUUCAGUGUCACAGGACCAUUGGAGACAGUGCUAUCGGUCUUCCUUGCAUAUAGUCCAACAGGCAACACAAAGAGAGAAAGACAAGAUGGCUCCCAGAUAUGUCUGUGCGCUGAUCAUCUUCACAGGGGUGAUCAGUGUGACUGGACUGCUGGCAUCUUGGAUGAUGGGGUUUGAACGAACUGAGAUAAAAAAAAAGUCUUCCAUAAAUCCAUUCAAAAUCAGCUCAGAUGCAGCUCAAACAGAGACGACGACAUUAGCGGGUGCAUUAGCUGUGACUGAAGGUGUGUCCAACACGCCGAAGGCACAAGUAAUCACAGACUUUCUUGGAACUGCCCCAAUGAGCAAGUUGUCUGGAACAUCAAGAGCAUCAUCUGCCGUUGCUUUAGCUGAACUCUCUCGGCAAACAACAGCUGAGACAGCAGCAGUGAGUGCAGCUGGGUCAGUGGAAACUACAGCUGGGACAGUCACCUUGUCUGAGACUAUAGAGAAAGUUACGACAUCCGUUUUACCUGUAACAAAAAAGGCAGAAUCUCUAGAAACAGCAAAAUCAACUCUAGGUGAAACAGUCACCGCGUGUACAGAAAUAAAAGAAAUUACCAAUGUGGAAUCAUCGACAAAUACAGCUCAAAAAACACCCAAACCUGAGAGUAUAAGUGUUAGUGAUUUUAAACAAACACAUAAAAGUGAAACAGAUGUGGAAAUAUUUGGGAAACCAACAGAAGUAGGCAUCACAGUACCAAAACAAGAAUCAGGGACAACCAGUUUUUCUCAUACUACAACUACAGCUAAUAUCAAGAGUGCAUCUCCAAUACCAGAACCAAGGACAGAUGGAGCAACAAAUUUCAUUACCAGUCAAUUGAAAACUUCAAAAAUUACAUCUGAAAAUAAAGCAACAACAGAAACUAGACCAGCUGCUACAUUCAAAACAGCAGCAUUUAUAACUGAAACAAAAGUAGAUUUAACUGAAGGAAAACCGGCACCAAGCACAUUCGUAAAAAUGCUAAAAACAGCAGGAACAGAGCCACCUAAAGUUGAAACAAGUGAAACAACCACAGUCAGACCACAAGAAUCUACUCAAGCUAUAAAAACUUCAAAUGGUCCAACAAAAAUAAAUGGGGCUACUGGUAUAAAUCUUAUAACUAGGAUUCAAACUGCCAUUGAAACCAAAGGAAAAACAGUGGGAAAACGAUUAAGUACAGCAGGUAGAGGCAUUACAAUAAAAGGCAGACGUGGCCAGGAGAAGACACCCCUGUCCCAUGAUAAAACCUUGUAUUCUGCCAUCACUAUGGGUUGUAUCCUAGUUAUAUGUGCCCUGCUAGCACUUAUUGUGUUUAUAAAGGAUUUUAUCGGGUGCUAA